AUGAACACCAAUGAUUUUAUAGUUCUUCCAUGGGGAAAAACUGGAAACUCUGUAAAACUAAAAACCAAGAAUGUACGAGAAUUGCGGGUAGAGAAAGUACAGUUAGAGCUGGAAACCCAAGAGAUGGAGAAGAAACUUCAACAAUUACAAUCAAGCAUGAGCCGGGAAAAAGAAGAAAGAGAAAGGUCAAGUGGCUAUCACUGGAAAUCUGGACAGCUGGGCAAAUUGGGUAAUCAAUCACAAGUGAUGUCACAAAAUAAAGAAAAUGUUGUGAAGGUGUCUCCAGGAAAAGUGAAAUUAAAAAUCCUGAAGGAUCAGGUUCAAGAAACAGUAAAACAACCACUUAACUAUAAAGUGACAACCACAUCUACCCAGGAGAAAAUUAAAGGAAAAGGGAAGGUUUGUGGACAGUGUGAGAACAAGUUUGCAUUGCUAGUUUGCCUUGAAUGUGGAGAAAAUUAUUGUUCAUCUUGCUUUGCUAGAAUCCAUCAGAAGGGGGCACUAAAGCGCCAUAGAACGACUCUUUUACAGACGAGAGCCCAAGUUUUAUCCAGAUUGGAUAUUGCCCAUCGAUUUUUAAAGGAAAUUUAUCCUGAUGAAUCUCAAGAGGUGCAGAAUUUGAAAAAAGAGAUUAAUAAUAAUGGAAAUGCCUCAAAAACUCAGUCCCUGCAAAUCAGUGACUCUGAGGUCAAUUCUACACCAUCAAAAAAUGCUGAAUCGACAAAUCAGACUGGGGGGCUUCUGCUUCAAGGUUCAUUUGAUGAGGAGGAGUCUGCUAGAUCAUUUCAAGAAAUUUUAACUCAGUGGAGAGAUGACAAUCAUGUAAACAAAGAGAAACAUAUCCAAAAGAAUGCUGAAGCUUCCCCAGAGCAAACAGAAGCAUCUGAGGUACAGACAAAUCUUAAAAUUUGGAGAGAACCACUUCGAAUCGAAUUUAAGGAUGACAGCCUGACUUACAUGGAAAGAUUAUGGCUUAAGAAGCAUAGAAGGACCCCUCUUCAUUGUGCAAGGAACAUGUCACUGGAGAAAGAGCUAAGUCCAUCUGUACCCGUUAGUGAACUAUCUACUCCUUUAGCAGCUUCUAUUGAAGACAUGACACUAAGUGAAAAAGAUGAUAGUAUUGAAGUGGAAGAGCUGAAAGAAAGUUAUCCAGAUCCUUUCCUACAACAACAACCUGAAUUAGAGAGCCCUGAGUCAUCUGUGCGUAUAGUGGAACUCGAUGAUAAAUAUGAAGAGGAACCUGGAGAAUCAGGGGAUUUUGUGCCUUACAAAGUUGAAUUGGCUGACACUGAUAGUCAAGAAAGUUGGGCAGUUCAUCAAUAUCAGAAGAAUGAUUUUCACUUUGGAAAAGACUUAUCCCUUUCACUGAUGAAGGCCAUGAGACAGCAUGGAUAUUUAACUAAGGAUAAAGACCUGUUUUCUCAAUGCAGCAGAAUAAUCUCUUCAGCCUCCAAAGAUACUUUGAAAGUUUCAUUAUCAAGAAGCUCCAUUUCAGAUUCUCCUCGAACAACAGAAAGAGUGUUGACUGUUUCUAAUGAAAAAAAUGUAACAAAAGAGAAAAGCUUUUUAUUGGAAAAUAGAAAACCUGAUGAGAAAAUCCAUGCUUCACAUCAAAGGACCCCUUACCACCAUAGUGUGGGUUUAGGGGAUUCCCAUGGUGACAGACUGACAUACAAUUGCAAAGGUUCCCUGGAAGGGAACAGUCUUCAUGAAAACAGUAAUUCACAAGAAGGUAGAUCUAUGAAGUCUUCCAAGUUACAAAAAAUUGCCCUGAGAAGUAAGCCCAUAGCUGAACAAUAUCAAGGACUUGAGAGAUUCUUUGUCUCUGGGAAAUACCCUUUUAAGGAAAGGUUCAGAUUAAACCUGGCAAUGAAAUCAGAGAUCAGCCCUUCUAAUGGCAGGAUUACACUCACAGGAAAUCGACACUGGAUAUCUGAGAGUAGUUUAAGUGAACAUGCUGAUGAUUCCAUAGUUCAAGAUGUUAUUUGGAAUAACCAGAAAAAAGUAUCAAGUGUGCUACAUCCUCAAAGGGGGCGUAUUUGCAAGAGACCAUCAUCAGCAAAUAUACCAAUUUGUAAAAUGAUUCUCAAUGGCUCCCGGAGUCAUACAUCUCUGCACCAAAGACCACGAAGUGCUGUUUCUCGGCCAAUAUCCAGAGCUACUUCAGAAAUUUCAGAAAUUGAAUAUCUUGAUGUAACUGACCACAAUGAACCGUUCCUUGAAGAUGCUGCUGAUCAUCAAACCUUAGACAGUUUGGAAAGAGAAUUAAAUGUGUUGAAGAAUCUUUCAGAUGCUCCAGAAAGUCUUCACAGCUUAAACACUGAAAAGUUAUCAGGCAUCAGCAGACAUUCAGAGAAGAUAAGUAAGACUAAGACAGAUGUCCCAAAGACACCAGGACUAAAGGACUCCGGUAGACUUGACAUUUCGAGCUUGGAUGCUGAAGUUCAUGGUCUUUUAUCAUCAUCAGAAAGCAGCAUAGAUGAUGAAGAAGAGAACUCUCUGGAAAAGCUCCAAGUCCUUGCCCUCCACUGACCAAGAGGAAGAG